AUGGCGAAUGAACUUGUUACGAAGGAUAAAAUAGACGUACUAACAGAUCAUGGCUCGUGCGAGAUACACUUGUCGUAUGGCAGUGUUACAAAGCUUUCAAAGAAAGAGGAAGUGGAUGUUUUAGUUGUUUCAGCCUUUCCAAAUAAUUAUGUUGAAACACCUUGGUCAGUUAUUGGUGCUCUGAGAAGAGACCUUGGCAUUUCAGUCCAAGAUUUGGCAAAUGACAAGGAAGAGGAUCUGCGUACUAUUUUUUCUUGCUGGUGGUCAAGAGAACUACCUGAGGAUAAAAGCAUUAGAAGAAUACUGUGCUUUGAAGGAUCCUAUAAACCUGGUGCAAGGUCUACAACUGUCAUUGGUGAAAUUUUUAGGUGCCUAGUAUCUUUAUCAAAAGGAACUGAAAUCAAAGUCAUGAUGCCUUUGAUAAGUACAGGCCACCAAGGGUGUGAAUAUGAAACUAUACUUUCUCUUAUUGUGGAAGCUGCGAUUCACUGGAUGGAAAUUGGUUUGCUUCUUCGUGUUCUGAAAAUUGUUGUCUAUGUUAAAGAUAUGAAGCAAAUACAGAGCGACUUCCUUUUGAAAAAAUUUAGAUUACUUAAAGAUCAAUGGCUAAAAGAAAAAGAGAGCAGGAAGAAACUGAAAAAAGCUCAUCCUGUCAGAUACGAUGUUUAUUUGUCAUAUUGCCCAAGUGAUCAACAACUAGCUGCAGGUAUAAUUGGAAAACUAGAAUCUUUAUAUGAAGAUAUAUCAAUUUAUGCAGAAAGGCAGGAAAUUAACCAAGACAAAACUUGGCAGGAUCACAUUUAUGAGGUCAUGGUUUCGUGUGCCCGAAUAAUCACAGUCUUGAAUCCAAAUUUUCUGACAGACGAAGCAUGUUUGGAGCAAUACAACAUUGCACUUUGCUGCUCGAGGAACAUGAAAAGAGACUAUCUUGCUCCUUUAUAUGUUGAAACGGUCGACAAAAUGCCAACUUACAUGUCACUUAUUCAGUAUAUAGAUUGCAGGCCUUUCUCAGAUGACCUUUUGCGUAAUGCCUGCUCGGUUGUCACUGAUUGGUUGAAGCUGAAUAUCACAGCGCUGAGGCAUUCGCACCCAGACAACAGUUACCAAAAGCCACAGCCCGUUUCACUAACCGGUGAUCGUUAUGACGUGUUUAUUUCGUAUUCGCACAAAAACAGCGAGGCUGCUGCUCAGAUUAAAAAGCACUUGUCUGUCCUGUAUCCUGAUUGGAAAAUAUUCAUUGAUGUAUCUGAUCUCAAGACGGGGGUAGUUUGGCAAACUAAGCUAUACAACAGUAUUGAGCGCUCAAAAGUCGUCGUCUGCUUGAUCUCACCUUCAUAUGUUACAUCGAAAGUGUGCCAAGAAGAGUACAACCUGGCAAUGGCAUUACACUGUGACCCUGCAUAUUCAACAACGCUCUUCCCUAUCCUUGUCGAGCCUGUUCCAACUCUCCCAAGCUGGUGCUCUGAUUAUUCACCUCUAGACUUGACUCGAGACGACAUAUCAGAGUUCUUAGGUCGGGUCCAGCUGCUAAAAAAACUGGACGGCCUAAGGAAGCCCAAUCCUUUGCUUCUCUCCAAAUUAACUGAAGACUGGAGGACUAAAUUUGUUUUAAACGGAUAUCCCUACCUACCUAAAUUGGCCAGCGGAGCAAAGAACGAAAUUUGUCUGUCACCAGAUCACGACAACACUACACCCUAUAUUGUUCUGUGCCAUCAUCAUUCGGAUAAAUCAGCAGCAGAUUUUCUAGCAAAAAGGCUGACAGUUUACCUCAAGAAACCAAUUAUCCAGAGACCUAAACAGUCAGAAGCAUGCAAUGCGCUCAUUGACAAAGCUGAUCUUGUUAUUGUGAUGUUAUCAGCUGCUUUUGUCAGCAACCCAAAGCUGAUUGAAGAGGCAAACAUUGCUCUUUGCAGACAGCGUUGGUCUGACAGGCUUAUUUUAUUGCCAGUUCUGUUGGAACCUCUACCAGACUUUCCUGCUUAUUCUAAAUUGUUUCUUUGCUUUUUUUCUUUAACGGAUUACAUAUGGCAAAACAAUAAACUUUCCCUUAAAGAUCGCUUGUCCUGGAUGUGUACGCUAAAUUCAGCGAAGGCAGUUUUUCUUGACAAGGUCGCUUUCUUUGCCAGUUCAAUUGCAUCAAAUCAUUCUGUAGCUGAAGGUCAAUUUAAGACAUUAAUCAGUGUCCAAGAGCUUGGAAAGUCAAUCAAACAAAUGUCAGAAAGCAGUUCUUGUGAUGAGUGGUCGUGUAACCCUUUGGUCUUUCAAGAUGCCCAGUUACCGUCUACAACGGCGCAUUCUGCGGAGAAGUUACCGACGGCAUCGCAUUCCUCUUGAAGGGUUCCAGAUAUUGGCAUGAAGAGGCGACCAACUGAAAGCAACACGUUACUCAAGCAGUAGUUAUACCCUUCCUUGUUUACAAAUUCGGUGUGAACGGUUUAUCGCAAAUGUAAAGUCUUUUAUCUUAUUUAUACUCGUUGCUGGGAUUCUACGAAUUAAGCCCUGUUUACACUACAACUUUUAAUCUGGGUUAACGCUAACCUGGGUCGAAGCCAGGUUGAACCCACUUUCGUUUACACUACAUUUACAACAAAGUAUAGUGUAAACGCAAAGUUGGGUUGAACACAGGUUAGAUUCGCCACGCAUGCGCUUCGUUGUGAAGGAAGCUUUCUGGUACAUUAAUUUAGCUGUCGCUGGAUGGCUUCGUCCGCCCAUAUUUCGAUUCACGACAUGACUUCAUCGUCGCCCCAUAGUUUACCCCAUUCAGCCCUUGUUUCAUUCAUUUUCAAGAUAUGCUGCUUUAAAUUGAAGGACCUUUUUGCACGAGCGUUCCAAGGCGAAUUUUGUUUUGACUUUGUCUUUGGCGCCUUUCAUGGCUCAAAAGGCGCAUGCGCUAAUUAGAUCGUUAACCUGGGUUCAACCCAGGUUUGCGUUUACACUGCAUUUUGAAGUUCUUAACCUGGGGUUAACCUAGGCUCAACCCACCUCCAGAGUAGAGUUGGCUUAACCCAGGUUCAACCCAGGUUAGCUGCGUUUACACUACAAAAUUUCUAACCCAGAUUAACGUUAACCCAGGUUCAACCCAGGUUAAAAGUUGUAGUGUAAACAGGGCUUUACUGAAAGGUUUGCUGUUCCAAAUGAAGGACCGCAGCUUGAAUAUAUUCGCAAUCCUAAAGUGAAUGGAUUGGAAGCGAUUCGAGGAGCAGAAAUUUACUUGAGGCUUUAGGCUAAUGGACAUCCUUGUCGUUACAUAACGGAUCGAUUACGCACAGUAUAGUGACGUAUUUGCAGGAGGUUUCGUGUUCACUUGAUACCAGGGUCCUGACCCCUUGUUCUAACACAUAAACGUAUUGGGUCAGUCUCCUUCGCCGUGAAAAUAUCAACAGUGCAGACUAGGACCUUCUCUGCGUAUUUUCAGAAGCUAGUAAUUUUACUUACCAAUUUUUUAAUCAUGAUUCUCGUGCCUUACCAUUCUUCGCGUAUCUAUUUUCAAUUUCAUACACUAUAACUUCAUCAUGCAGAUAUGCAACGAUUCAUACUAAAAUCUAAAUGAUCUUAAUAUUGAUAUUUGAUAUCACGUGCAUUUUAUUAUGCUAUUUUACUAUUAUGCUGUAAUAUACUAGAAAAUCAAUUCCCAUUUUAUCUUUUUAAGCUAUGUUGAAUCUAAGCUAUAUUUUGUCUUUUAAGUUUUUAUAGAUAUGAUAGAAAUGAUCUUAGAAAUUCGAUAUAGAAAUGAUUUUUCAAUUAGAUCUUCUGUAAUUUGAAAUUGGGUUUUAUAUUACCUAAAAUUUGAAAUUGGGUACUAAGUCAGUAACUUACCUCAAUGGUUUGAUUUUAGCUAAAUUUAAUUAAAUACUUGACUACUGUAACGUUAUAUAUAUUUAUAUAUGGAUCUGUUAUUCUAAAAUGGAUCAAUUCACUAUUCUUUUUUACUGAUCUAUCCAUGCUGUUUCUUUUACAAUUCACAGCUUUUAUGGAAUACUAACCUUAAGAUUUUGUAUUUGUAUUUGCUUCUACUUAGCAUCCUAAGGUUCUUUCUAGGACAAUGAGAAGCUUAUGCUUAUCGAGCAGUGCCCUGGUCCUUCCUCUUGAUGUUACCACAUCUCGUGAUUCCUUUGCCUGGAAUUACAGAGAGCUGGCGACUCUCCUCACUCUGGGUGAAAGUUUGAUUAUGCCAGGGACUCGAACCACGGAUCCUUGGGAUCGUAGUCAGCGCCUCUAGUAACUGAGCCAUCCUCACACCUUAAGAUUCAACCAUUAGUCGGCAACAGUCAAAGAAUGUACUCAAAACAGUGUUUUAAACGACACUAGAAAUUAAGAAGAUGCUUUGUUGGCUCAAAAGAACGCAAAUUUUGCUUUUUAAUUAGAUAAUGUAUUUGAGAAAUAUGGCAAAAUAUCAACAGUCUCAGAUAAUGUACCUGAUUAAAUGGAAUUUAUGCCUGCUGAAUGAACAAAUAAAAACAGCAUUUGCAAAGGUCAACACGAAUUGUUUUUGUAGUUACAGGUUUACUUUCUUGUGAUUUUUAUUUGACUGAAUUUGUAGAGAGAGAAAGCAUAAUUUGUAACUAGAAUAACGACUCUUAGCAUGUUAUCAACAUCUUGGAAUGAAUCAGUGCAUUUGAGGUUGGUGGCUGAAACUUAGAGAAUAGUAGUGAAUAGUGCGGCCUGUUGAUACGAAUGGAACAAUUGUGUAUAUAAUGAGUGGUUGAUAUAUUCUGCCAUCAGCAACCAAGUGCAAAAGUACCUGAUAAUACGGCCACAUGUUAUAAACAUGAAAUAACAUCGUAAACAUCAGAAGCCCCAGUCUGCUGCCAAAUCGACGUUUGUGAUUAACAGUUAAAGAAUAUGAAAAGUUAUUUAGCAGCUGCAAAACUACUUUUGCUAGUUUUACUGAGGUAGGUGUGAAAAGCAUUCUCAGUUGUUUCAUUUAUAGCUAUAUAUUUCCAUGGCAGACGUAAUGUUGCUCUUGGCUGCAGCAAACGUUGUGUAACACUGAAACGUCAAUCGGGCCAUGCUUGAAGUGACUGUGGUAUUUAUGGCUAGAUUGAAUUACUCUUUCAGUUACAUCCUUUCUUUGAGAAAAAAAACGAUAUUUGUAGCUGUUAGCGUUCACAAUUUUGUGAGAAAAGAGCUACUGUUGACAAUUCAUUCAACAAUAACCCAAGGUUUACUUUUACGGUUAAGCUAAACGCCUACUGUCUUUCGUCGUAGAUUCAUUGAUCAGUCUGAUCAAACAAGGUGCAAAAACACAUUUGAUAAACGCGAAAAAAAAGAUUUCUUGAGAUUACAGGCUUAUCAAAUUAAAGAAAGAAUGCAGUUUGCAAAAUACGAAUAACAAUCAUUAACAUCAAUCGUUAGCAAAUGCAGAUGUUUGAAUGUGAACAAAUGGAAUUAAAGUGAUGUAGAGAUGAAAACUGAUGAAAUAUGUAAUUUUAAGUUGCUUCUUGUUUUCUGUCGUUUAUCGUUAGGGAAAAUAUAUCUUUCUAGAAACGACGGAGAAUGUGCUUUGAACUCUACUCAAAUGAAGAACAUCUUGGAUAUCUACGAUACAAAGAAAGGAGAUUUGAUACCACGGUCGACAAAUGGAACCUUCACCACCAGACUUGGAUUUGAAAUAUUGAAUAUGGUGCCUCUG